UCGCUUAAAAACAUUUCGACGUGUAAUUUAUAAUUUUAGGUAAUUUUUCAUUAAGGAUAGCAUUGUACAAUUAAUAAGUUAUGCCUCUUUCACUAGUAGAUUUGCGACCAGACAGGCGCCUCUUAGAUCACGAGUUUGAAGGUUACAAACUAAACUUGCAAACUCUUCCGCAUUUCUGUCUCGAUCUUUCUUCUCCGGUCGAUAAAGUUUAUCCAGACGAAGCACAAUAUUCAUUCGUACACGCAAAGCUCUUUGCUCUUCAUAACCAUCUAAUCUUAGAUUUUUGGGAUCAUCAAUACAACUAUUAUUAUAUCGACAAUCGACAGCAAGUAUGUAAUGUGACUUUUGACAAUAUAAACAAUACAUUCCAAAGUGCCGUUGUUUAUGAUGUGCCAGCUCACGUUGAAAGGAAGUCUGGUCAUUUUAAUCUUUGCCUCACAUUUCCAUCUAGCAAUUUAGCUGUGGUCAGUGAUGGUACUGGGUACAUACACAUUAUUGAAACAGGAACGCGGAAUAGACCUGCAAGUGAUAAACAAACCUGGCAAACUUUAUUCUCGAUUUUAGCUCUAGGAAAAGAUAAGUAUUUCACAAUUGUAGACACACGAAUGGAAGAAAAUGACAAUGUUGAAUUGUUGCACUGUCUCUUACAAUCUGUUGAGCAGAGUGAAAAACACUUUGAAUCUGUCUUAAGUUGGGUAACUUUUGAAAAUUAUGACGAAACGUGGAAACAGUCGACUCUAAGGCAAGUCAGAGGAAAAGGUAUUAUCCACUAUGCAGCUCUCGAAACUAGCUGUAGAGCCCUUUAUGUGGCUUCAGAUAACUUAUUUAAGUUUACUUUAGAUUCAGAGAAAGACAUUAUUCAACACAAAGAGGAACCACGACAAAUCAUAUACACGUGGCUUCAGACCUCAGAUGAUAUUACCAUAACAUUGAAAUUACAAAAUAACUUUGAUAAAAAGUUGCUGUUUGUAAAUGUGACCCCUUUAUCAGUGAAGAUAAGUUAUGCUGGUAAAGUUUUUGUGGAAGGGAAGCUGUGUCAUAAUGUGGAUAAUGAACUUACAACAUGGAAUGUUGAAGACAAUGGUCAAGUAGAUAUUCUAAUAACAAAAUCUGAAAGUCAACUUUGGAAUGAGUUACUGGAAGGAGGAGAUAAAAAUGGUGAACAAAUUCUUGAUGCAGGUUUGGUAGAAGAGGUGCAUAAGAGACUGGCUCAUUUGUGUUCUGAUACUGAAGUUAAAGCAGAUCAGAGUGUGCCCGGUCUCAAUACUCAGGAGUUAGAAGAAUGUGAUGCAGCAUCUGAAGAGGACACUGUUUUGGUCCGCAUGGAUAUAACAAGUCAUGAGAUAACGCACAAGAUCCCACUGAGUGUGCAUCAAUAUUUAUUUAACACUAAGCUGGAAACACACGAGGCCCCAGCAUUAGCUCUUAGACAUGAUGUUGAUGCCUGCAUAUGGCAACCUUAUGCAGAAAUAGUCAACUCCCAUACAUGGCCAGUAAAGCAUCAUGGAACUCUCAUGGCAUUUGGUUAUGUACAGUCAUCAAAACCGAACAGAAAGUUUGUUACAUGUUCUCCGAGCUUUUCCUACAGUGUGGUUUGUGAAGCCACUCGUCAUAUACUUAUCUAUAAGAGUUCUAGUGACCACGAUUGUCAGUUGAGGAAAAGAACUGAAGGAGUUAUGAAAAAUAUUAAAGUUGGACAACAACAUGUUGUUAAUAUUGAUAAAUAUGGUGAAGUUUUGGGUAUCCAUGCAACUAAUGAUUACUUAUUCAUUUUGACCGACACUAGAUUUGUGGCAAUUGGUAUUUAAAAUAAAGUAAUUUAUGUUAAUAUUA